ACUAGGUCGGUGCAUUUCGUAAUGGAUUUGGUGUCUUUUUAACCUCGAGGCUGCUUCAGUGGUAUUGUGGACCAUCAAGAAACCUGGUCUCCGGCACAGUAAAGCCUUACGCGAUAGUGAAAACAAGACAAGGUGAAUAGUAGUUGCACUUCACGGCAGUGAUCCUUUUAAUGAGGAGGAGGUCGCGGACAAUUUGAUUCGUCAACAUUUGCAAUUACACAGUACCUACCAAUUCUGAGGUUUGACAUGCCCGCAACUCGUGAGACUUGGCUACCUACAGCAAGAUAGUGAUCCAAGCUGUAAUGUCCCACAUAUGCUAAUAAGCUAUUGGUUGGCCACCCCAGUGACGUGCGGUUGUCUUUUUUGACAACUCAAGUUCGUGUCAUUCAGGCCAAUUUGAAGAUAAACUGUACAUUAAUACAUAUUGCUAAUCCAGAAAGGAAAAGAGGGGAGAACUCGAAGAUAAAACACAGAUAGACAGAUCGUUGUGUUUCCCAAUACCUCCAAGUGCCAACCCAGAUAUGGAAAAGACAAGCAGUCUCGAGCAGUGACCAUUUGUUUCCAGCUCUGAGAAGUGGGCCGCCAUCACUUGAUUUGUAAAUUAUGUGAGCUUAGGCAACACAUUUUACCGAUAUCAACACCAACACCAACUCCUUCACAGGCCAUUGAGAAUCUUCCCCAGAUCUGACUCGAAACCCUCCUGUCCGCCCAGGAAUGAAUGGGAGGGAGCUGGAUUGGGCAAAACUUCAUUAUGGUAUCCGACAAGGCUGUUGUCCAAGACCUUCUUGUGCGUGUUGAUGACCACAAUUAAUCUAACGGUCUAUCGUUAGGAGCAAUUCUAUUCUCACCGUGGCCCUGUCAUAGUAAGAUACGCACAUGCAUCAAGUCAAGUCAGGUUCCUGCAUAACUACGAGAGUGAUGCUCACUGAGGCCCAAAAAGUACCAAGGAACACUCUCGUGAAGUUCCUUAAUACGUGGGUGCACCGUUGAUCUGACAGUUCCUCCUCCUUGUCCGUACAAGAGUUAUUCACCGCGGACGAGACCGCCCGUCUUGUGGCAUUCAAGGAUGCAAGGGCCCACCUCAUAUUCGGAACAAUGGCUUUGUGAACAAGUUCAUUUGUAGAAAACAAUUGAAUUUUGAAUGAAGAGCCUGGUUCACACAGUACUUUGUUCCUGAGAAAGAACGCGAGAACAAGAGGAAGAAUAGACCCCCAGUUUCACGGAUAUUCACUUGUGCUGUGGAGGGGGGAAUAUUUGUUUUCCUCCAGAAGCUAACAGCCUCUAACUGGUCGAAGUGGAGGAGUGGUGGCCCAUGUUGGGGAUUGUUCCAUAUACCUUGGUGGCCAAAAGGUGGUCACGGUUUUUGGCCAAAGGGACACACCCAACUCCCCUGGGAUCCUUUCAAAUACUUUGAGAGAAUCCGUCAGCUUGGGAGCAAGCUUGAUAAUCGUGUGGAGGUCCUUGCAAGGGACACACUCACACAAGAGGCGGGAAAUUGUUAAACAACCAAGAGAUUUGUUCAAACAUCUCCCCCGCAGGCAAUUAUUCACCACAGCUCUUGAGGGGCCUCAGACCUGCUCUCGGACAUGCGGCUGUACACCGGUUUUGGAUCCACUCAUAUUCUCCCUGUGUGGUCCAGAGGAUUUAUUUUCUGAAAUAGAGGCUGGCUGAUAAGCCUCAAUCAAUUAUACUCCCCUGUAGGAGGAGGACGAGUCGGAGUAGUCGGAGUAAUGGUAGUAGUAGUUGUAGUAGGGCGGGCUACAAACUAGAUCGACAAUACCGUGUGCUGCCCACUGUUUGGCCAAGGUCGCGCCGCCAUUGCCAUAGCCUCUGUCUGUUUCGAUGAAUAAUGAUCUGGGAAUACUUGGAACGGCCCAAAAGCGUGGAAGAAAUCCGAAACAGCAGGUGUUCUCGCCACUCUCCCCGAGUCUUACUGGCCUAAAAGCCAAACAAUUUGAAAGACAAAAGAGAUUGGAAAAAGGGGAGUCCAAAAGAAACGAGGAAGAAAACCAGUGAGUGGUUCCUGUGGUCGGGAUUCGAGGAACCAGACAGACCCUACCAAGACAACGCAAGGCUAGAGAGUGGGAGCAAAUUGACAAAUAAUCACUCUCCAAGUUCCUGUGUCCUCAGAUCAAAGUCAUCAAAGCCCCUACCACUCCCACCGCCAUAAACUUCAUCCAAAACUACUCGGGAGGAGUGAAUCAGACAGUUUGCUUGGUCUUGUCACUCUGUUAGUACAGAUUUAGAUCCUUGCUUGAUAACAGCUUGAGGGUAAUUUAGCUUUGCUGCUCAUCAACAUAUCGACAUCAUGUCCCGCAAGAGAGCGUCAGAAUGGCCAAAGUGACAAACUCGUGCCUCAAGGGCAGGAUUCUGAACGAACUAAAAAAAGGUGUGAACAAUGGCAUGGAAUAUCGCCUCUAAGAUGAUAGCAUGCUUGAUUGCUUUCAAUUGAAAAAAGAGUCGUAGCCUUGGUGUUCAUACCAAACGUCGUCCGUCCUUCAGGGUUAGUUCAUCAGAGGAGACGAAGAAAGACGACGAAGUGAACAAGGGAAACAGAACGCGAGCUUCAACACGACAAGCAAUCAAAGCUCACAAAAGGCAAGCCGAUAAUAGAGGAUCAUUUUUUCGAGGUUUGCCAACACUUUCGUGGUCGUGUGACGUCUAUUCUAUACACCGUGACCCUCUCAAAAGGAUACAAGUGAAGGGAGGAACAUUAAGUAGACGAAACAAACGCAAUUGCUCAACAACAACACUUUCCUUCUCCGGAUGGAAAUACGAGAAAAAAGAAGAGGCCCAAUUUCAUUAUAACAUUCGUAUUCUCGUAUUCUCCAUGACCAAAUGGACCCUACCACUUUUGGCAAGGCAGUAGUCUCUGGGACCCCUCGAAAGCUGUGUUACUCUCGCACUUUCCCUACUAAACUUCUCUCGUUGAAGGGAAUAUUUCCAGGUGACUCUGAAAAUGGCCAAAGGACUAUCCACUUUUUCUUUCUCAACAAAUGCCAGCUCAAGAGCGUCAAAUUGUGCAUGCAAUUGGACUAAGGUGGCUUCCACCUGUCGACACCACGAGUUCAGGCUAGUUUUCCAGUGAAUCUGGUGCGAGUUUGUGCGCUUCAUUUGAGUGGAUCCGGUGGAUCGAUCCAUAACAGAGGGGCAAAAUAGACUUCUACCCCAAGAGCGACCUUCCACGAUUCUUCAUUGCCUCAGGAACGCCGUGAGACACGUGGACCUCUCUUAAAGAGCUCGAAGAUAGAACGAAAAAAGCAGAAGCACGCCGUGUAGGUGGCCUCACUGAAACUAAAAAAGGUUCUGCUAGGCCACCAGAGGCUAAGGGGAAAUUGACAAGGCCAAUGGGCAUAAACGAAGAGUGGAUGAAAAAACAGCUUCAAAAUACGUAUCUCUUUUGCUCUGCGACUGAUUUCAGGACAACCAGGCGCAUCUUCUCUCAAGGAAAAUCUUUGCAAAAAUACGAGCGACCCUUGCAUCAAGUGUCCAAAUGACCAUGUAUUCGCGUUCCGAGGUCGUCAUCCAGAUUACCUAAUGUAGAAGCCUGGAUAAAGGGUGUUCUUUGGCCUCUCAGGCUUUCCGCUUGAUAGGGCUCACCUACCCAUACUGACCGCAUUCAGGCCGAAAUUAGCCCACCUGUCAACUUUGGGAAGCUAUUGAUGAUAGAAGACAGUAAACGGGAAAGUUUAUUCUGGCCAUCUAGAGGAGGAGGGUUGACAAUCGUCGUCGAAGCGAGACACAUCUGUUGUCAUGAAGUCGACGCAUAAAUCAAAAUGCUUCCAAUUCUUAUGUCAUAUAUGGUUCAUUCCCAUUUGUCCCGCGGUCCGUAUCAGAAGAGCAGCAGCCGAUCCGGAAAAGGAUAUCAAUGGGUUCAGCUUUGGCGAAUGGCAUUGCAACUCAUGACCCUCAUCUUGUACGAAGCCAUGUUUGACGAGAGCCAAUUGAAGUGGGGAGUGGCCGCUUGCAAUGGGUACUUUACGGAUUUCUGCGAUAAUUUCGAAGCCAUGGAUGGAGAAGACUCGAGGCCCUAUAUCUCUUCAUUCCAAAACAGCUCUGCCUCACUUUCAAGUUCUGCGAAGAGAAUGGAAGGAGAACCCAUGGGGCUAAUUCUGUCUUCCCUUAAUCGAACUAAACGAGCUGCAGGUAGCCCUUCUUUUCAACCGUUUCGAAACGAACGGGAACUUUCAAAGCAAAUAUCAAGCAUACUCGAUACCCUCUUCAAUUCGGGUUACGACCAUCAAAUUCGACCCAGGGUAGGCACACAGCCGUUGGAAGUCGAGGUCAACAUAGCGAUCCGGAGCAUGGGACCAGUGGAUGAGCAGAAGCAAAUUUUCUCCAUGGACUGCUAUUUCAGACAAUACUGGACGGACUUUCGACUUCGUUAUAACAACACUCGGCUCAGGGAGUUGCCCAUGAACUGGCAAUUCCUCAACAAGAUAUGGCGCCCGGAUACAUUCUUUUUCAAUGGGAAACGCUCUUACCUGCACAAAAUGACUGUUCCAAAUCGGUUCAUUCGAAUUGCUCCCAAUGGGAGGGUGUCGUACUCCCAGCGACUCACAAUCAAGGCCAGGUGUCAAAUGGACUUGAGGAAGUUCCCAUUGGACACACAAGAAUGCCCACUCGAGAUUGGCAGCUUUGGACAUGAUUCUGAUGAAAUCAUCUACCGAUGGAGUGACAAACCCUUGUCCAUGGACAAACUGGGUCUCGCUCAAUACAACCUGAUUAACUGGACUUUCGGUGCAUUCAGUGGACAGGAAGACUCCAGGAACAUCUCCAAAGUCUUCCUCAAUUUCAAAUUUGAGCGCCAACAAGGCUUCUACCUCUUACAGAUCUAUAUUCCCCUAACCUUGAUAGUGAUGUGCUCUUGGGUGACCUUCUGGCUCAGGAAGACAGCGAAAGGAAGUGAGAUUCCCGCGCGAACUAGUCUGGGUGCCUCAAGUGUGCUUUCAGUGGUGACCAUUGGAUUUGGGGGCAAAAGCAAACCCCAAGUGGGGUACGCCACAGCAUUGGACGUAUUCAUUAUUCUCUGCUUUCUGGAGGUCUUCGCUGCACUAGUUGAAUUUGCUUUUCUAAACUUCUUGGACACUCUGGUCCGACGUCUCAAGCGGAAAGACAAGGAUUGCAAAUUGGUCAUGCUCAUGGCUCAACAUGACGUCAUGCAUGGCCGUGUUCCUCAACUUCCCGAGCGCCAAGAGAGUACUGUCAUGGAUACGGAUGGUAUUUGCACCGACGAAGAUAUCCUUACCCCGCCUGAUUCAACGACACCCAGUCGGGAUGACAAGUUUAAUUUCAAUGGCCGCCCAAAUGACCUCUUGCGAGCUUUGGAAGAGGAUAGGGACGCGUGGACCCGGAUUUUGGACUGCAUCAUACACUAUUUACAGUGCUUUAAUUGCUGUCGAUCGAUCCGCAAGACCGAGAUGUUUCAAAAGCCUCAGGUUGUGUUCAAUCGUGUCGACAGUUGCUCUCGAAAACUGUUCCCAUUCACUUUUCUCUUACUUAAUGUUCUGUAUUGGUACGGCUACAUGUAUUGGUUCUAAGAUUAAUCCGCCCUAUGCUUGUAUCGGCUGCCUCGUCCACCCGCCAAAUCCCAUUUUCAAUCCCACACCUCAACCAAAGACAUCGAAACCAUCACCAACACCGUGCAAUGCAACUAAGCCCUUUCCUUCGUAUGGAAAACAUCUUUUAUUGUUCUCAUGUUCUUUGCGCGGCUAACGAGCCAAAAUGAUUCUUCUUUGCUUGGUAAUUGGAUCAGAAAGCAAGGAGAGAAAAUAAAUAUAUAUAAAAAAUCAA